AUGGCCAGUGAGUUCGCAUUGGUGGCAUCGAAUGAAUUUGUCAUCCCGUUUCAGAGAUUCUCGAGCUUCAGUCGCCUAGUCAGGAGGUUUGCGCGUCGGUACCGCAAACAGAGAAGCGAGCUCGAGGAAUAUAGACUCACUGCAAUGGAGUGUGAGGCCGUGGAGAACCUGUUAGUCAGGCAGGCCCAAUUGGAAUCGUUUCCCGACGAGAUGGGGUCGGCGGAACGCGAAACGCAGGCGGAACACCAGCUCGAGCGAGAUUCGAGAGUUGAUGCCGCGCUGUCCGAGUCGUACAGUGCAAGGAGGCCUGUGAUACUGUCACACAGACACAGUCUUACGGAGAUGAUAGUAAGACACUUCCACGCCCAGAUUAAGCAUCAAAACGUGGAUGCGACGAUUGCUCAGAUCCGAAAGAGAUUCUGCGUCACGAAGAUGAGACGAGUGCUGAAACAGUUAAUCUCGUCGUGCAACGUGUGGAAGUUGCCAUGGACGCGGCUGAUGCCGCCGAUAAUGGGACCCCUUCCAGAGGAUCGCUUGGAAGCGGGGAGAUGGGCAUUCAAGCACACAGGACUGGACUAUUUUGGGCCACUGCUGGUGACUGUUGCCCGUCACAGAGAGAAGCUUUGGGUCGCCUUGUUCACGUGCUUGACGACAAGGGCGAUUCACUUGGAGCUGGCGCAUGACCUGUCAACGGAUUCCUGCAUAAUAGCGAUCAGGAACUUCGUCUGCCGUAGAGGACCAGUACGUAAACUGAGAAGUGACAACGGCACGAACUUCGUGGGAGCUGACAGGGAGUCCAGACGAUUUGGAGACGUGUUCGAGACGGAGAGGAUACAGAGUGAGUUAUCCAACAGGAGCAUUGAAUGGGUCUUUAAUAGCAAAUCCAACCCGUCUGAGGGCGGAGUAUGGGAGCGGAUGGUGCAGUGCGUCAAGCGAGUGCUGCGCCAUACCCUGAAGGAAGUCACGCCAAGGGACCAUGUGUUAGAGAGUCUCCUGAUAGAGGCGGAGAAUAUAGUCAUCUCGCGUCCGCUCACCCACUUGUCGGUGGAUGCGGACCAAGAGUCGCCGUUGAUGCCAAACGACCUGCUCAAUGGAGCAGCUAACCUGCCGGGUACGCCUGGAUUGGAUGCGGAGCUGCCCAAGGAGGGUUCUACGCGAAAGCAGUGGAGGAUUGCCCGCUGCGAGACCGUUUCUAGAGGAGGUGGGUCAUGGAAUACCUGCCUACGCUCCGGAGCCUGCCUAUGA